GUUUCGCCAUUUUUUCCUGUAAGGGUCUUGCAUUGGCUCGCCCAUACAGUCCGACCUGUUCAAUCGAGCUAAACCCGUUGUGGUAUAGUCUCCCUCCCUUGCAUCCUCCCUCCCUUCACCUUUCCACUCCCUCAUCUCAGCACACUUCAUAGCCGCAAGUUUUGAGCACUCAGAAGUAAACGGGAGACCGGAAUGUUUCCGAUUUUGACGAGACGUGCAGGGAUACGACAUUCUCAGCUAAGGGCCCAACUGUCCAUCCUAUGUCGCGGGAAAUCCAUCGUUCGUGAGGAGCUGUUUGCUUAUACUAAUGGGCACUUCCUCGUUGACGAACAGCGGCAGCUGGGUCGACGUUACGUGAAAUUCGAUGUAGAUGCCCUGUGCCAUGUUGCUGCCGCUGUCGGGGGCGAUUCUUCCCCAAUAACAAGCAUUGAGAAGAUGGAAGGUGGAUUCAGCAAGGCUCUGCUGAUGAAGAAGGAAAACGGAAUAGAGGUCAUUGCUAAGAUUCCCUGCCAUAUCGCGGGACCGGCAAGCCUAACCACGGCAUGCGAGGUGGGCGUCUUAGAAUACGUUCGCAAACAUACCGGCAUUCCAGUCCCUCGGGUGCUUUCGUGGUCCUCGGACAGUUCGGAUCCGGUAGGCGCCGAAUACAUCAUAAUGGAGAAAGCCGCAGGGGUUCCAUUGUUCCAAAAAUGGCCUAGCAUGGCCGAGUUCGACAAAUUAGAGCUUAUCAAGAACUUGACCAAGCUUGAGGCUCAAUUAUCGGCUAUUCGCUUCCCGGCGUAUGGGGGGUUGUACUUGCGAGCUGAUGCCCGGGACCCAAAAUACCACUAUGAAAUGCUCGAUAGCAGUAUUGAUGCAUCUCAUACAUUUUGUAUCGGGCCCUCCUGUGACCGUUCAUUCGACGUUGACCCAGCUACGAACCCUACCCAGCCGAACAUGGACAGUUACCAAGGGCCUUGGACCACGAUAUCACAGCUGGGUAUAUCCAUAGCAAAGCGUGAGGUAUCUCGGAUCCCACCCAAACAGUCGGAUAGACCGCCCAUGUUUUACCACGGGAGUGUCGAAGAACAGAUUCAACUUUUAGAAUCCACUAUAAGCCUCAUGCCCAUGCUAGACUCCCUCCCAGAACUACUUCAAACUAGCCAGCCCACAUUGUGGCACACGGAUCUCCACAUGGGGAAUAUAUAUGUGGCGCCCGAUGACAGUACCCGGAUAGUGUCGAUCAUCGAUUUCCAGUCCGUAUCAGUAAUGCCCGCAUUCCUUCAGGCACGGUGGCCUGAGUUCCUGAAGCCUCCACAGGACUAUACAGAAGGGCUUGUGCACCCGCAGCUCCCAGACGGGUUCGAGGACAUGGACGAAGAGAACAAGAUACUUGCUCGGCGAGAGUGGUCUCAGGCAAAGAUGGCAAAAGCAUAUGAAAUCUCCACUUACCUUGAAGACCGGCCUGCGCACAAUGCAAGACAUGUCCGGCGGGUCUUCCGAGAGCUCUUUACUCGCUGUGGAGAGGUUUCUGAGGUGGGGAUUAUCCCACUGCGAGCUUGUCUCAUCGAAAUUUUCCAGAACUGGUCGAGCCUAGGCUUUACAGGAACAUGUCCAUUCACUUUCACCGCAGAGGACAUCGCCACCCACGAAGCUCAGAUCCCUGAAUACCAAGCUUGGCAUGAGGCUCAACGCCUCGCUCAGGACUGCCUAGACACGGAUGCAGAGGGAUGGGUAGCACCCCAACUGGAUUUUGCAGAGAAGCGAAGACAGAACCGUGAGCUGUUGGCCAUGUUUAUCGAGCGAAUGGCGGGUGUAAAGUCCCCAGAGGAAGCGCGAAAGAUGUGGCCAUUCCCAGAUGAAGCAGACCUCCUUGACAGGAAAGUGACAAGUGAGAGUAAUGGAUAUAUCUCCCUGGACCAGGACUGAUGGCCAGGCCAGUACUCCCA